UAAGAUGCCCGUUGCCAUGGCAACGAGGGGGUGGGAUGCCUGUUGCCAUAGUGAUGGGAUUGUAGGAUUGCCAUGGCAAUGAGGGGGUAGGAUGCCUGUUGCCAUGGCAACGGGGGGGGUCCCAUCACCGUGCCCGUCACCAGGAGGCCACCAGCAUCCCUGCCCUCACCGCACCCAGUGCCACCAGGUGCCACCACAGCUCUGAUCCCCUGCCUGUGCCACCCUGUCCCCCUCCUCGAAACUGGGUGCUCCUCCCCAGCACCCACCUCUCAGGGUGCCCUGGGGGCGGUAAAACCCUUUUUCCACCCCAAAACCAGUUUGGUUUUUGCUACCAGUGGCUCUUGGGCAGAUAAAACCCUCCCGGCCAGGCUGGAAACGGGUUCCUGACCGGGAGAGCUUCACGCCCCAGUUUCUCCCCACGGGGACGCCCUGUCCCUUCCUGGCGCGGUGGCAGCCGCUGUUUGGGACGGUCACGCCGCAGCGUUUCCCCGGCAGCGUUGCCAAAAUCCUUUUUAAACAUUAACCAGCAGAGAUGGGUGCUGAGGCCGGGCUGGGUGCCGAGCCGGUGCCGGCGCCGCACAGCCUCCUCCAUCUCUCCUCCUCCUUCAUCCCUGGGGGAAGCUUGCGGCACAACCCGCGGCACAGCCGGUUCCCUCCUCAUCCUCAUCCCUCUACGUUUUCCCGGAGACAACGCCGGUGCAGACCCUCCAUCCUCCUCUCACCAGUGUGUGUUGUGGGUUGUCCCCAAGCGCCACGUCCCCUUUUCCUGGCAUCAUGGCCCUGCCGUGGGCGCUGCUGCUGCUCAGUGAGGUCCUGGCACAGGAUUCGGCCACCCAGAGCUGCCUCAUCCCACCAUCCACAUUUAACGCGGCGCUGGGCCGGCCGGCCAGCCAGUCCUCCGUCUUUGGCAACAUCAGCAUCGCCGCCAACGCGGUGGACGGGAACCGGGACGGCGUUUGGCAGCACGGAUCAUGCAGCCACACACAGCACGAGCGGGAGCCGUGGUGGAGCGUGGAUCUGGGCGGGCGGCACACCGUGGCAGCCGUGCUGGUGAAGAACCGGCAGGAUUGCUGCUGGCAGCGCCUGCGGGGAGCGCAGGUCCACGUCGGGGACGCGCCGGGCGAGCGCGGCAGGGACAACCCCAUUUGUGGCACCAUCACGGACGCCGGUCCCGGGUCGCUCAGCACCGUUUGCUGCGCCGGUUUGCCGGGUCGUUACGUCUCCGUCCUCCUCCCCGGGCGCUCGGCCGCGCUGGUGCUGUGCGAGGUGGAGGUCGUGCUGCAGGGCUGCCCCCCGCUGCCCGCAGCCCCCAACGUGGCACUGGGCCGGCCCGUGGCCCAGUCGUCGGCGCUGAACGACGGCACCUCGGCCGCCAAUGCCGUGGACGGGAGCAGCGAUGGCUCCUGCGCCCACACGGAGAAGGAGCCAGAGCCAUGGUGGUACGUGGACCUGGGUGCCCGGCACGCCGUCUACGCCGUCACCGUCACCAACCGCCGCGACUGCUGCUGGGAGAGUCUCCUGGGCGCCCAGGUCCACGUCGGCGACUCCUUGGUCGACCACGGCAAACGCAACCCCGUCUGCGGCGUCAUCUUGGACACCGGCCCCGGUUCCGCCAGCACCGUCUGCUGCAACGGGCUGCCCGGGCGCUACGUCUCCAUCAUCAUCCCCGGCCGGGAGGAUUUCCUCGUCCUGUGCGAGGUGGAGGUGACGGUGCAGAGCUGCGUCCCCCCACCCGGCGCCCAAAACCUGGCACUGCGGCGCCCAGCGGCUCAGUCGUCCACGGCCGGUGGCACCGGUGACGCUAUCAACGCUGUGGACGGGAACCGGGACGGGAACUGGCACCGCGGCUCUUGCUCCCAAACGGAGCGCGAGCCGGAGCCGUGGUGGACGGUGGACCUGGGCUGGCGGCGCGCGGUGGCGGCCGUGCUGGUGAGGAACCGCCUGGAUUGCUGCUGGCACCGGCUCAAGGGCGCCCGCGUCCACGUUGGCGACUCCCUCGCCGGCCACGGCACCAACAACCCCGUCUGCGGCAUCAUCACAGACACCGGCCCCGGUUCCACCAGCACCGUUUGCUGCCACGGGCUGCGCGGCCGCUACGUCACCGUCGCCAUCCCGGGGCGGGAGGAGCGGCUGAGCCUGUGCGAGGUGGAGGUGGUGGAACACGGCUGCGCGGCACUGCCCGGCGGUGAGUGCGCGGCGGGGACAUUGGGGAGGGCUCGUCGGGGACAUGUCACCCCCACGGCCAUCCCCACAGCCCAGAACGUGGCGCUGGGCCGGCCGGCCACGCAGUCCUCGUUACUGGACGCCACCAGUGGCGCCGGCAACGCCGUGGACGGGAACCAGGAUGGUAACUGGGAACAUGGCUCCUGCACGCACACCACGGAGGAGCCGGAGCCAUGGUGGCGCGUGGACCUGGGCGCCCGGCACGCCGUCUACGCCGUCACUGUCACCAACCGCCGCGACUGCUGCUGGGAGAGGCUGAAGGGCGCCCAGGUCCACGUCGGCGACUCCUUGGUCGACCACGGCAAACGCAAUCCCGUCUGCGGCAUCAUCACGGACACCAGCCCCGGCUCCACCAGCACCAUUUGCUGCCACGGCCUUCGCGGUCGCUACGUCACCAUCCUCAUCCCCGAGCGGGAGGCCGCGCUGGCGCUGUGCGAGGUGGAGGUGCUCCGGCAAGGCUGCGCGCCGCUGCCGGGAGCCCCCAACGUGGCGCGGGACCGCUGGGCGACUCAAUCGUCCACCUCCACGGGCGCCGGCGCGGCGGCCAACGCGGUGGAUGGGAAGCGGGACGGCGUUUGGCAGCGCGGCUCGUGCAGCCACACGCGGCGCGAGCGGGAGCCGUGGUGGAGCGUGGACCUGGGCGGGCGGCGCGCCGUGGCGGCCGUGCUGGUGAAGAACCGGCAGGAUUGCUGCUGGCAGCGCCUGCGGGGAGCGCAGGUCCACGUCGGGGACGCGCCGGGCGAGCGCGGCAGGGACAACCCCAUCUGCGGCACCAUCACGGACACCGGCCCCGGGUCGCUCAGCACCAUUUGCUGCCACGGGCUGCACGGCCGCUACGUCACCGUCACCGUCCCCGGGCGGGAGGAGCAGCUGGCGCUCUGCGAGGUCGAGGUCUACAGCGUCACCCCCGAGCUCUGAGCGCGGUCCCGGUGUCACCUCGGCCUUGUCACCGGCCCCUCCUCGCCCACCGUGGCCCGUGGGAUGCGGCGUCGCCCCCACUCGUGUCCUCCUCAUCCUCUGGGGCUGGGAGUGUCGCGGUCCCCACAAUAGACCCAACGAGGACAUGGGUGUCCCCACGGGUUUUCCCAUCCCCAGGGGACAAGACCCCCCAUCCUCGGUGGAUCUAAUGGGGGCCAGGCGGGGACCACAAGGGUGUCCCAAAGCCACCCAGCAUCACCAGGGACGUCCCAAAGCCACCCCCUGCCCCUUGGGGGGUGGGACUGAAGAUCUGACCCCACCAGGGCGGGGGACAUGGGGGGGCACCAGGGGACACCAAUAAACGCUGCCAUGGACCCCA